AUGGCCAAAUUUCAGGCUGUUGGUCUGCUAUUGGCAGCAUUCGUUUGCCCUUCGUUGAGCAACCCAAUCCACGCACCGAAUGUCACCAGCUCCCAGAAUGGCAAGCCUCUGUUAGAAGACUUUGAUGCUCUAGGAGCGUGGUUCGACGGUGUUGCAGCGAUUAAUCACAGCUCGAUCCCUCGGCAGCCCAAUGUCUCGAUCGCCAUUGUCGGAGGCGGCAUUUCAGGUCUUGCGACGGCGCUGAUGCUAGACAGUGUGGGCAUCCACAAUUGGGAGAUCAUCGAGGCCAGUGAACGUGUGGGUGGACGCUUUCGGACCAAGUAUGUUGGCGGAACGCAGGAGUGGGCAGAGAUGGGCCCGAUGCGCCUCCCUUAUAACGUCACAUACCGCAGUGACAACAGUACGCACGUGUACUCGGAUCAUCAGAUGGUAUUCCAGCUCGCAGAUUGGCUGAACGAUCUGAACCACAACGACUCUCAUUGGAAAGUCGACUUCAUUCCUUGGAUACAGCACCAUCCCAACGAGCUUCUCGCUCGCGGCACUGGGAGGCUUCCAGACGGAAGAGUCCCAACCCGCGCUGAUAUCCAGGCAAACUCCAGUCUCGGUACGGCGGCACCGCUGACCUCGACCGAGUACAACGACACGAAGGCGAAGAUGAAUCAAAUCCUGAAGGUCGAGAACAGGCUGAAAGCAAUUCAAAGAGACGUCUGGAGACAACACGGCGUGGCGAUGGCUGAAGGUCUGGACGAUGUCAGCGAGCAGGCCAUGAUGCGUUUGGAAUGGCAUGCUUCAGAGAACGUCACCGACGCCAUCUGGACCAACACCGAUUAUGAUGUCUUCUGGGACGAAAUGACCCACAACAGCAAUCUUGGGUUGGACGGUGGCAGCGGGUCUUUGGGCGAGACGCAAUGGAAAUGUGUCGAUGGUGGCUUCAACAGGCUCUCAGACGCGUUCAUACCGCAUGUCUCAGAUCGUCUAACGCUGAACCGAAAGAUCACCAAGCUGGAUCCCAUCGAGGCGAAUGGAACGACCCGAACAAGGCUUUCCUGGUACGAAGGUUCGGGCAAGAACCGAACAACACAUACCAAAGACUUCGAUUACACCAUCAUGGCAGUGCCAUUCACGAUGACUCGCUUCAUGGACUUGCCGAGCUUCUCCUCGGUCCUCUCUCGUGCCAGCAGCGAAGCCGGUCUGCGAUUCAAGUCGGCUUGCAAAGUCUCGUUGCUGUUCGAAGAGAGAUUCUGGGAGAAAGGCGAGCGGCCAAUCUUUGGUGGGUACUCUCAGCCUGAAAGUGCAGCAGUCGGCGCGCUCUAUUACCCAGUGUACGGCUUGAAUGAGACUGGUCGUCCAGGAUUGAUCACUCACUACCGCGGAGGCGAUUGGAGCGAUCGCUUCGUCAGCUUCUCUGACGAGCAACACGCAGAGCUGGUCCUCGACGCCAUUGCCGACUUGCACGGAGAAGAGGUGCUGGACUUGUACACUGGAGAUUUCGAGCGACUAUGCUGGUUGCAGGACGAGCAUACGGCCACUUCAUGGACGAGGCCGGAUAUUGAGCAGCACAAGCUGUACAUUCCGUCAUAUCAUAAGACAGAGCAUAAUACCAUCUUCAUCGGCGAGCAUACCGCGCCGACACACGCGUGGGUCAGCUCCUCGUUGCACUCAUCUGUUCGCGGUGCUGUGCAGCUUCUGUUGGGGCUUGGGCUGGUGGACGAGGCCAAAGAGCUGAACCAGCGAUGGAUGGGCAGGUGGAUUGACUUGGAGUAG